AUGCCGAACGAGCACAUAAGACAAGGCGCAAUGGACGUUGGGAGCGCGCGAAACGUACCAAACACUGCACCGCCAGCGGUAACUUCAGAAGAAGAAAUCGUGGCCGACGUCGACGAGCCGCCUGAACCCGGACGCACACCGCGGCCUGCAACCUUGAAACUACACUACUCUUCCUCCACCUCCUUCACCAAAUCAAAACCACGAUGCGAUCGACAGCAGUCUCUUUUGACGACUGCUCUCCAAGCUAGUUCGACCGCGAGCUCGCCAGUCGAAGAACAAUCCGAGGAUAGUCCUGUUCGUGGCAUGUCGACUGUCUCUACAUGGAGCUGCACCAGCGCGACAACAGCAGAGUUGACGAGCGACGGAGGCUUCACCAGUCCAGUAUCACGCACCAGUACACCAAGCCCACCUCCGCCAUCAGCGACCUUUCGAGGCAUGAUUCCCUUAUCCAACAAGAAGCCUCUAGAGCUACCUAUUUCUGUCGUAUCGCACGAAGAUGAUGCCCUCAGCCCGCUACCGAAGUCGACUUCCCUUCCUAUGGGCGAGCAGAACGUUGAAGCGGUCCUAGGUAGGAAGCGUUGCAUCAUGUUCGCAUGUGGCAAGAAGGAAGAGAAGAAGCCUGUCGCUGAGGUACCAAAGCCACAGCCUGCACCUCAAGCGCAAGAACCUCCGAAGCGUGUAUCCACCAUCAAGUUUGCCUGUCCCUCCAAGGUCUCCACCGAUGCACCAUCUCAGGCCCCCAAGCCCCGCGCGCGCAUGGUCAGCCCAGCCCCAGUAGCACGCCGCAUUCCACAAUCACCAAAGCCCAAGGCUCACCGCGACUCUGACUCGACGGUCCGUAACAACUCACCCGCUAGCGUCCGAAAGACUCCUGUUUCAAACCACACCCGUCGUCUAAGCCUCAACUCCGAUCUCGCUCGUUGUGAGGCAUACCGCUUCCAUGAGUUCGCUAGCUCCGAGGAGGAAGUCGAUGAAUGGACCCAGGUUUCGACUUGCCAUCGCAACCGACUUACCGUCUCAGAUACGCUCAAGAUUGAGAACGGCCUCCGUCAACUCGGAGAGGAGGUAGAGGAGGAGGCCCUAGAGGAAGACGACGACGAUGAGGAUGACGUCGACGAGGUUGACGAAGACGACGAUCUGCUUGCCGAUGGCGACGAUGAUAGCGACAACUUGAGUGACGCCACGGAUGAGGGCUUCCAGACCGAUGAUGAAAACGGCUUCGCUGUCUCGGAUGAUGAGAGCGACGCUGGUUCAGACUACAACUGGUGGGCCCCAGGAGCAUCCACAGCCGCUACAUCAGUCGAGCAUCUCGAACAGUUGCGGCUGAAGACCACCCGCAGUGCUUCUGAAUCGUCGGUCGGAUCUCUGGAAAGUCGCAAGGGCUUCGAGUUCCCCACCAAGACGCAUCCACGCCGUAAGAAGUCAAAGCCGGUCAAUAUUCGUGUGCCAAGCCCAGAGCUGCCUGACAGUACUGAUUUCGUCUGCGGGACGCUCGACGAAGAUAGGCCUUUGGAACAGGCCUACAUGUCGACUUUGGAACGCCGACGUGCUGCGAAGCAUAAGCCGACACCUCAAGACAUCGAUCCGACCUUCCCAGCUUCUGAUCCUGACCUCCCUGACGACGAAGAGGACGAGGUUUCUGAAGUUGAAAACCUUGUCUCGGAAAGCGACAACCACUUCAUGAUGCAUGGCCGGAUGGACCACAUUGAUGGCGAUCCAAGGGGCCGUCGCAAGGAGGGUCCAAAGAAGCGCUCUCCUGCACAAUCGCCAAAGCGGCUGCGAUCGCCACCGCCUGCGAAACGCACCAUGCAUCGCUCUCCGCCGCCUCGAAAGCUGUUUGGCGCAUCACCCAAACGUCUACAUUCUCCUCCCCCACCUCUGCGUCUACGAUCACCUCCGCCAACUCGACGUGGAUCCACCAAUCCUGUCGCUAUGCGGCAACGCGGCGAGAUGGCACUUCGUUUUGCUGGCCUAGCCGAGCGUCCUGCGCUGACCAUGUCUGCUUCGGUGCCUCGCACACCACUUGCUCCAGGGCCUAAUCCCCUCGAAUACAACGAUGAGGAGGUUGGCUCAAACGACAUGCCUGUUCGUCGCGCCAUCGACAUCCAAAUCGGCCUGGAGAAAAAGAGGCAGCGCCGUAAGGAGCAGUUGUACAGAAAGCAGCACCGUAAAGCUACCAAAGAAAAGCGUCCUGCUCCCGGUCGAGGUGCGGAGCGUAUGCGAGAGAUGGGCCUGGCGGCUCAUGCUCACAAGGGCAAGACCACUGCCUUCAACCCCUGGCAAAUGCCUACGUCGCCCGACCAGGAAAACAUGCACGUUCUUUCCGUGUAG